AUGGCGCACGCGAAGGCAGGAGCGUUUCUGCCGGCCCAACGUGCAGGCUCUAGCGUAGACUUGGAACGGAUCAGUCGCCAGGUGCCUCAACGGUACGUCAGGACGGAGGUGGCCGACGCCGAGGAGGUCGCCGCCGGCUGCGCGAUUCCAAUCAUCGAUCUCAGCAGGUUGCUUGAUCCGCGGUCGUGGAACGAGGAGCUGCGAAACCUCGGGUCUGCUUGUCAGCACUGGGGUUUCUUUCAGCUUAUCAACCACGGGGUGCCGGACGAGGUGAUCCAGGACGUGAAGAGAGACAUCACCGAGUUCUUCAAGCUGCCGCUCGAAGCCAAGAAGGCGUACGCGCAGCUACCGGGCGGCAUCGAGGGGUGCGACCAGGCCUUUGUCCUCUUCGACGCCCAGAAGCUGGACUGGGCGGACAUGAUCUACCUCAUGGUUAGCCCCACGCAUUACAAGGAACAGAAUAGUGAGUGA